ACGACACGCGUCGUCCGAUCAGUGUGUUCGCCGGCGUUCGUACGGCGAUUACACCGUCGACGCCACUAUCUCUGUGUUGGUCUGACGAAGUGUGUAUUGACGCGUGUGCGCGCUCGUUCGAAUCCAAGUGCGCCUGUUAUCGUCAGGACUAUAUAUUUUUAUUAAAAAAGCAAAAUUAUAAUAAAAAAUAAUAGUUAUUAUUAUUAUUGCGAUACGUCAAUUUUUGAAUAAAAAUCAAACGUGAAUAAUUGCUGUUUUUUUAUUAAUCGGCUUGCAUGCGCUGAAAGUGCGAAUUAAAAUUUUUCAGAUCGCGGUAGAAACUUUUAGUACACUUAAAAUUUAGUAUAUUUUUCUUUUCACGAUGGACGAGAUCGGACCUUCAGUAUCAUUGCUGUAACCUGAACGUUAAAUGCACGCGAAUAUUGCACGUAUUGAUAAUUAUAUUAUAGUCAUACCUACUCGUGUUACCGUAUGUUUUAUAAUACCUACAUAAUAUUAUUUCUGUAAAACGUGCACAUGAAAUCGCCAACCAUGGGACUUAGUGGUACCACCAGAAGAUCAUCUUCCUCUAUUGCAGUAAAAGAGAAUCGAGGGUCACCGUUGGUCGAAAAUCGCGGGUUGUCGCAGAAAAUCAUGUAUCCGCAGAAUGCAUCAAAAGACGGCAGGUGGAAAAAUUUGUACAACAACGAAGCGGGCAGUGACGUCAUAUUUUUAGUCGGAGACCCCGAAUGUUGGAGGUUUCCCGCGCAUAUAGAUGUGCUAUGUCAAUACCCGGUGUUCGACGCCAUGCUCCGCGAACCUUGGUCGAAAAAAGGCACCCCGAUCCACAUACCGGAUGACGACCCUAGAGCCUUCGACAACCUACUCAAGUUCAUGUACAAGAACACGGUGGAACUGAAAUCCGUGGUGACCGCACUCGAGACGCUCGGGUUGGCCAACAAGUACAUGUGCGUGGACCUGGUAGACAAGUGCAUCGCCUAUCUGACUCGUAACCUGACCGUGGACACGGUGCUCGUGGUGUACCAGGCGGCCAGGCUGUACGGCGGUCAGACUGCGCCGCGCCGCGAACAAUCUGUUGCUUGUUCGCCGGCGGCCACGGCUCGGGCCACUGCGCCGCCGCUACAAGACCUAAUGCCGGCGGCCGUGGCUGCCGAUGACGCACACUCCGAGGCGUUCGCUCGCAUGGUACAGCACUACGACACGCUGUUGGCUUACUGCUUGGCGUUCAUCGACAGGAACGCUGAUCGGGUGAUGACUGACGAGAGCGUGGACGAACUGGAUACGGUCGAGCUCAGGGAACUGUUGCUUCGCGACGGACUAGCCGUGUCCAACGAAAUGGUGCUGUUCACGACGCUGGAGCGGUGGUGCACGCACAAGUGCAAGCAGCAGCACUUGGAACUGACGGUGGCCAACCGGCGGGCGGUGCUGGACGACACGGUACUGCUGUCGGUGCGCUACCUGCAGAUGACGGCCAACGAGUUCCUAUCGGGCCCGAUGCCCAGCGGCCUGCUCAACGCCCAGGAGACGGCGGUGCUCAUGAAGCACAUACUCAACCCCAAGCAGCCGAAGUGGACGUGCCAGCGGCUGACCAAGGAGACGCUCGAGUACAUGGCCACGGCGCGGGCGAAACGAAACCACGGGAUGGCGGGCGCGGGCGGCGGACUGUCGUACGUCAUCAAGCGGCGGUCGUCGUCGUUCAGGGGGGGCGCCGCGGGUGAUCCGCACCACUACGGCGGCGACGGCGACGACAGUAGCCAAUCGUCCGAGUUCGACUCGCCAAAACGGUCGUUCUGCUGUACGGGCCGCGGCAAGAAGAACAAGAAGAACAGCGGCAGUGCCGGCAAGAAGAACAAGAAAAAGUGUUCGGACAGCUGUUUUUGUAAUUGUCUGAUUUACUGUUUGGACGUGUGUUUCGGUUGAACGCGGCCGUCGGCUCUCUUCCCUUCCCCACUUCCACCACGUCAUCACUCGUACACAUACACACACACACACACACGCGCACACACAUAUACACUUGAUAUACGCACUGACCUAAUUGUACGUUAUAUAAUAUGUGUGCGUGUGUGUGUGUGUGUGUGUGUGUAUAAAUAUAGAGAUAAAUUUAAUUUACCUUAACU